AUGGAAUUAACUCGUGAACAUUUUCGUGCGAUUAUUUUUCAUAACUUUCGACGUGGAUUAUCAAGACAAGAGUGCAGCCAUGAACCUAAUUCUUUCUACAGCGAUAAAGCACCAUCCUAUAGCACUGUAAAAAACUGGUAUAACGAAUUCAAUCAUGGUCGUCGUUCGCUCCAGGACGAAUUCCGUGAAGGUCGUCCAAAAUCGGUUGUUGUGCCACAAAAUAUCGAUGCUGUGCAUGAACUGAUAAAGCAAGAUCGACAUGUUACAUAUCGUGAGAUAGAGGCAUCUUUGGGCUUUAGUAUGACUAGCAUCAAUAAGAUAUUACAUGAACAUUUGGCCGUGAAAAAGAUUUGUUCGCGUUGGAUCCCACAUAAUCUGACAAACGCUCAAAAGAAGGCUCGUGUCGAUUGGUGCAAGGGAAUGUUAAAAAAAUACGGUCAAGGUGCAUCAAAGGUUGUGUAUAAUAUCUACACAGGUGACGAAUCAUGGAUCUAUGCGUAUGAGCCCGAAACAAAACAGCAAUCGACUGUAUGGGUCUUCCAAGAUGAGCCAAAUCCAACAAAAAUUGUUCGCGGAAGAAGCACAUCGAAGCAAAUGGUUGCCUGUUUCUUCGGCAUUACCGGUCACGUGGCGACAAUAGCGUUAGAGCAACGCAAGUCGGUCAAUUCUGAAUGGUACACGACCAUUUGUUUGCCAGAAGUCAUCGGAGAAAUUCGAAAAAAGCAGAAGAAGAGGCGAAUCAUUCUUCAUCAUGACAAUGCGAGAUCUCACACAUCGGCUCAAAUAAAGGAAUUUUUGACCAGCCGAAACAUCGAAUAA